AUGAACUUGAUUGAGGACCCAACUCAAGGUUCCUACAAACAGCUGUGGUUCCACAUGAACAACUUGGAAGGCCAGCUACCAGAAGAAAUCUACUGGCUGACAAAUUUGGAGACAAUGAGUCUCUUCUUCAAUAUGCUUGAUGGGCCCAUAUCCUCAAAGAUUGGCCAGUUGCAAGAUUUGGAAGCAGCAAUCUUCAGCUUCACUGAUGUCACGGGGGCUCUCCCUACUGAGAUUGGGAUGUUGAGUGACACUCUUGCCUUCUUUCUCAGCGAGCGCACUCAACUCACUGGCACACUGCCUACUGAGAUUGGCAUGCUUUCCAGAAUGGACACAUUGUUGAUGGAUGCAAAUCAUUUCUCGCGCUCCAUUCCAACAGAACUGUUCCAACUCACCAAUCUUCAGAUGCUUUACUUGGAUGAGAACAGUCUGACUGGGACUUUGGCGUCAGACAUUGGCUUGCUUGGAGACUUUGAGUUGUGUUUGUUUUGGCAUAACCUCUUGACAAGACAUUGCUUUUGA